AUGUCAAUAAUAUCUAUUUUAUGUUUUAAAGCAUCGUAUAAAUUAUUUCGAUGGUUAUUUAUAUUUUCUACAAUUUUAAGUUCUUUAAAUGGAGUUUCAACUCUUAACUUACCGCAAUUUACAAUAAAGAGUAAAGUUAUUGAGUUACUUGAUGAGGAGGGUGGAACCUCAGAUUUCACAAUGAAAUUGUUUACCAUCUCAGCAUUAGUAAUACUCGGAGGCGUGUUUGCUGGGCUUACAAUAGGCUUGAUGGGCUUAGAUGAGACUAAUUUACAAGUUUUAAUGGUAGCAGGAGAUUCGAAGGAACGUAUUUAUGCAAGAAAAGUAUUUGAACUUUUAAAACGUGGAAAACACUGGGUAUUAGUAACUUUAUUACUCUCCAAUGUGAUUGUCAAUGAAACUUUACCAAUCAUUAUGGACUCGCUUUUUGGAGGAGGUUGGCCGGCAGUGUUAAUAUCAACUGCAUUAAUCGUUCUAUUUGGGGAAAUAAUUCCUCAAGCCAUAUGUGUUCGUUAUGGCUUGGCUAUAGGUGCCGGAUUUUCAUGGUAUAAAAAAAAAGUUGCUGCAAAUUAG